UACGAGCUCCGGUUCGAGCGUUUCCGUCUUUACUUUGCUGGGUUGGUUAGAAUUUACCCUUUUUCUGGCAUCUGAGUUAUUCGCCCGCGGUACGGAGCCGGUCGUGCCCUUUUGGCUGUUGGGUUCUGGUAGAUUUUUGGUGUGGAUGAGGGGCGAGAAGAGAAUUCUGCGGUUCUUGAUUCGGCCCGGGGGAUGUUCAGAGGACUUGUCUUGCUUGAUUGUUUGAUUGAUGAUUUCUAUUAGUGUGGGAGAAUCAUGGGUUUGCUUCAGCAAGUGGGGGCAAGUCGCUAGUUUGAAUUUCUAUGUUAAGCGUCUGGUGAAUGCAUACAAGGGAAAUGAUGGCGAAUGGAUCGGUAUCUUGUUAUUUUGCAAUUUGAAUUAUGUGCGUGCUGCAUGGCUCUUCGGUGUCUGAAUCCUAACUGCAAGGUUGCUGUUAAGCAUUACUUUUGGUUAGAGGGAACGAGUGGAUCUAAUUUGUGUAGCAAUAAAGGGUCGUAUAAGAAAGGCUAUGAGUAACACAGCCCUUCCACAAGAUAGAGGCAUAAAGGGAACCGGUUUGGUUUGGCUUUUUCCUUUAAAAAAACUUUAUAAACCUUCAGGGGUGUGGAUCUACCAGUAUGUGCAAAAGAGCCUAAGUCUCUUUUGCAAGGUUAACUGGAGUGUGGAUCUAUCAGUAUGUGGAAACUGACUUUGACUAAGAUGUGUAGCUAUAGGGGAAAGGUUCUCUACAUGAGGUAGUUGAAGAUAUGACGACCUGGUCUCUAUUUUCAUUUCGGAUGAUAUCCAUACUAAAGUACACAAUCCAUGGCUAAAAGACCAGAUUACAUGCUUAGCUGUGGUGUUGGAACACUGAGAUAUCUCAGUGUUCUAGGUUAGUGGUUUUUCGUGACAUGGGAUGAGCAGGUCAAAUGGCAGAUCUCUCGGGAAAUGUUUUAUCAUGGUAUCUUGGAAAACCUGAAUGCAAAGCAUAUUCAUCUUUACUAUAUGAUUGGUUUUGCAAUUCCACCUUGAAUGCCUUCAAGCUGGAGGCCUCUUGCAGCGGUUAUCAUCAUCAUGUGUCCUCCUGCAAUGGAUGCGGACCUACACGUAGUGUCAGGGGAGUUGCCCCAGUCCACGGAGAAUGGCAAUUUGGCUGAUGUUUUAUCUAGAGAGAAUUUGAUCCAGCCAGCAGUAUGUGCUAUUUGUCACAGUAGUGUUGAGAAUGGCAAUCAGGAACCAUCUAAUAUAUGUGGGGAUUGUAAAUUUUUGUUAAUUGAAGAUUUUCAGAACCCAAUUGGAGAAUCCCGUGAUAGAUUUCGCAGAGGAAGUAGAAUUAGCAGAAGAAGAACUAGGUACAGCAGUUCUGAGUCUACAGAGAGUCGAUUCUCACGACAGUUCUCACAAAUGCUUAAUUUGAUCAGGCAAAACCAGUCAACUGCCUAUAUGCAUGAGGAGAACUUCUCAGAUGGUGAAACUUCUGCAAGGUUAUUGCAGCGGACAAGCACCUACACUACUCCAACUGGCUCUAGAAGAUGGAGGCAUGCAGUUUCUGAUGCAGAGAGUGAUGGUUAUGACAAUAUGGAUUCUACUUAUGUGGAGAGCGACACAAGUGUCGGUUUUGGUCGGUUCAGGGUAGUUCAUGCCGAGAGUGAUGGAGUUUCCUUUAGUGCUUAUGGAUGGGACUCAGACGCAUCAAUUGAUGGGCGUAACAGUAUCAUGGAUGCGGAAGUACUCUUUCAACCAGAUGAGGCAAGCAAUCUAGACAGCGAUACUGAUAUUGAUCCAAUGCAUGCUGGUAUCAACCACUGGAGCUUGGAUGACCGAGAAGAAGAUGAAGGAGAACAGGAAGAAGACUCUUCAGAAGAAGAUGAAUGGGAAGAAACAGAUGCAGAGGAAGACAUACCUGAAUCGGCAGAGGGCCAUGGUCAGAUACGAUUUUCUGUUAAUUCAAGUCCAGCCGAAGGCAGUGGCUCCCCUGACUGGAGUCACUUGAUUGUAUUUCCCCGAGAGGGUUUGACACGUGGGAGAAUGCGGCGAAGUAGGCGAGUAGAUCUCCAUGACAUCCUUGCUAAUCUAGAUGAAUCACAGUUGCCAUCAGAUGUUGGCCAUUCAGGAGAUUAUCUGGAUGCAAGAAGCUUUGAAGAAUUGCUUGAUUAUCUUGCAGAUAAUGAGAAUUCGCGUCGAGGAGCUCCUCCUGCAGCAGUUUCUUUUGUAAAUAGUUUACCUCUCAUUGUCAUUGAUGAGGAUAAUUUAAAGAAUGAUGACACAGCCUGUGCAAUCUGCAAGGACAUCUUAACAGUUGGGACAGAAGCAAACCAGCUUCCAUGCCGUCACCUUUAUCACCCCUCCUGUAUCUUGCCAUGGUUGAAUACACGCAACUCAUGCCCCCUUUGUCGCUAUGAACUUCCAACUGAUGAUGGAGACUAUGAGGAGGCUAAACAGAACAUCAGUAGGAGCAGGCAGAUUGAUGAUAGUAGUAGGUGGACAGGAGCAAUUGAUGACAAUUCCUCGGAUGGGGCUGAAGCAGACGAAGAGCGUGAACUGAACCAAAGUAUUUUGGAGCAGGUAGACGUCUCAGAAGGGUAUCCUCGUGUUAACGGUUCUGAUGGAGAGGCUGGAAGAGGCAGGUGGUUAGUCCUUGCUGCUGCUCCAAUUAUUAGCCUUGUUGGUGUGGCUCUCGUGUUGUGGUUGGGGAAUCCUCUUGCUCAGAGGAGAAGAGCAACUAACAAUCACAACUUCACCGAAGGGCAUUUACGCCAGGUUCCCGGUUUUGGCGCUCCUGCAUCUAACAGAAGUGAUCGCACAAACAGGAGAUGGUGGUUCCCCUUUUAAUGUGUUUUCGGCUGAUGGAGUAACCAAUAGCUAAUUCAGUUAUCAAAUCUUAUUUUAAGCAGGCGUCGUCUUGUGAAAUAUUCGUUCCGCUGAUUCUAAACGUGUGCUGAUCAGAACCUUUUUCCAUGGAUGAGAGGUUUCGUGAUCAACUGUUAACUUGCCGCCUAGCAUCGCAAGUCUGAGAAUGUUCUUGGCUAUGGGAGAUGUAAGUAUGUUGUUUUAGGUGAUGCAGCAACUUCCAAGGUGGGCUGUUGCUGUCAGGGCUGUUACUGUCAAAGCGAUCACCAAUUUGUGGUGGUUUUCUGGUUUCAGAUUGAAGUAUAAUGUCUCUUAUAUUUUGGGUUCAGCAUCCAGAUUGUUGCGCUGAAGGUCAAAAGCAGGUGUUCUCAGCCUGAACCUUUUUCUCUCCAUGGGAAAUUGGGGUCUGGCAUUUAUGUCAACGAAUGGAAAUGAUUUAUGAGCCACCCUUUUUCUGUUGGCCGAAGUUUCAAGAUGUGAUAUCUUGGACCAUAAAUCCAUGCAUGUCUGGAGAAACUUAACGCUUCGUUUAUUUUGUGAAAA